AUGGGCCUGUGUCGUUGUGUGUGCGGCGUUUGCGCAUGUCUUUUGGCUGUUCCAUUGCUUCUGAUUUGCAGCGUUUGCAUUCCUGAAGUGGAACUUGCAUACAUCCGAUUCGUAGAGACCUAUGCAAUCUCUAUUCCUCCAUUGCGUUUGAUUCUACUGAUCCUGGGACAAGUGCCUCGAGUCUGGGAGCACGGUCCACUUGGAGUCGGUCCUGUGUGGAAUCCGCGCAUAGUCUAUGCAGUCAAUGGCUAUGAGACUGGGAUCCUUCCUUUUCCAAACCCAGCGAACUUCACGCGUGGCUAUAUGCUGGCGCGGGUCAGCCAUGAGCAGGUCAGGGCAGUGCACCACAAUCCGCACUUGAAGCGAGACGCGAAGCGGUUUAUUGGCGUCGAGACCGCCAAGGUUCCGAAAGGCUACUUCUCAGAAGGAGUACUGCCUACCCUCCUUCAGAUGAACACUGAUGAUCCGCUGCGAUAUGCUCAUCGAGAUCUAUUGUCAGCUGCAAUGCCUUCUAUCGCUGAAUACGUUGACUCUGUGCCUGAAUUUAAACCUCUACCAGACAUAUCUCCAAAGGAUUUGGUGCAAGACAUUUCUUGGCAUUUGAAGAUCCCAUUUCCAAAGACCGUCAGCACCAUGGUCCAGAAUCUCUUCGCCUUCACCUUUUACAGGCAUGCCUUCGGUGUUGAGCUUUCGAAUGACGAACUUCCCCUUUUGCGAGAAUGGCUUGGAAUACCUGGUAAGCUUUUUCUGGGCAUGGUGUCAGAAGCUGGUGCAAAGCACUGUCGAGAACUUGCGAAGGUCUUUGAGGACAAGGUGGCGGCCAGUGAGUUUGGCCAGCGUUUCAUGCAAGAAGCUGAACGCAGAGGCAUGAAUGGCAUUGAGCGAUUGCGGAAGACGGUCUUCGAAUUUAGCUUUGCUGGAUUUGGUGGAGAUGGUCCUGGAGGUGCACUUGCAACAAUGAAGAUGCUCAGGUUCAUUCAGAAAUCGCCCGCGAAGUAUGUACCUCUCUUCCAAAGGGAUCCUGAAGCCUUUGUGCUGGAGGUGAUCCGGAUGCAAGGUGGUGGUGGAGCCGGAGUGAAUCCAUGGAUCCUUGAGGCGACUCAGACGUUCACGCUUGGCACUGGAAAUGAAGUGACCGAAUUUGCUGGCAAUUAUGGUGCUACUAUUGCUCUACAUGCGAAUCAUGAUCCAGCCGUCUUUGGCGGGCCAUCAGCAGAUCAACAGUACGCAAUGAGCUUCAUUCCUGGACGUGAAAAUGCGGAUCGAUUGCUGAGCUUUGUGGGAGAGUUGAGAGAAAUACGCAAGUGUCCAAACAUGACGGGCUGUGAUGCGGCACCACGCUUCUGCCUUGGCACCUUCAUGCUGCCGCUGGGCAAUUUGCAGUUUGUUUAUUCGGCUCAGAGCCGCUCGACUGUCGAGCUUUCAUUGGAUGUGCUGGACAUGGUGACAGGAAGUCGAAGGGAGUGGUUCCCUCCUCCUGCAGGGCCGACCAUGGCCUUUCCAAAAGCCCGCGAUCGGACGGUCGGACUGUCGAUCGGGCGGACUGUCGAUCGCUUGAAAGCGAAAGAACGCGCGCACCUUGGCCCCAGACCUGGCUUGACUUAUGGUCCUUGCACUGAGAGGACGGUUGAGAGGACAGUGAAUGUGUUGUUUCAGACGCAAGCACUACCGCCGGCGACUGCCGCAGCAUUGGCUAAAGUUGGUAUCAUAGAUUUCGAGGUCCGAGUUGCAAGGCACAGCGAACGGCCCAUGGAGUUGACCAUUGUGAAGUGGGUUGCGGAUGAUGUGCGCAAGACCUGGGCUGCAGGCGCCGUACAACAUGGCUCCGUUCAGGCUGCUCAGGUUCCCCAGGUGCCGCCAGCAUCGAAUCAGUUCAACCUGACGUCACCAUCGGUGGAAGUGUCAGAUGAGGAUGACAUGGAGAUGCUUCCGGAGGACUACGUGCUUCUCCUGGAACGUACUCCUAUUUGGGAACUUCCAGAUGAUGACGACUUGGAAGCUGAGGAGACUGAAAGUGGGCACAAGAAGAUGCGCAUGGACUCGCCAUCUUCAGCUUCAACCGCAGCCACCAGCCCUGCGGCGCCCAGUUCGCCUUGCAUCUUGCCCUCGCCGCACGAGCCGGAAUUCUAUGCUGCCAUGACAGAAGAGGAGAUUCGAGAGAGGCUGGGCGUCGCUGGGUCCAACAUUGCCAUGGAAUGGGAAAGGGAGGACUUAUUGGCCACUCUCAUGGAGAUUGACAAGGCCUUCACCGCACACGUUGUCGAAAAACGAUGUGCUCUUUUCUCGGCCGGAAGCGUAGAUAGUACGUGUUGCCUUUUUGGGUGUGCGAUCGAUUUCGCCGAUGGGUGGGCUGUGCAGUGUGGUGUUUCUGCAGCGACCGUAAGUGAGUGUCCAAGAUUUGGCCUGGUAGGUCAUCCCAGAGAUGUCCAAGCUAGGUCUUUCAACAUGAUGCGCCGAAGAAUGGAGAUGUAUAGCGAUGUACAGAGUGUUUUGAAGUAAUGUGGUGCUGAUGUCGGCCAUGCUCUCCCUUUGAGCCAGAGCCCUGCCAAGCCCACUCCGAAUUGGCUGGAGGCGCAGUCCUGAUUUCAAUAGGACCAAGUCACAGUCUUUUGCCGCCAGAAUUUCGCCCAUUUGCUCGCUAAAGGCGAUGGGUAUUUUUUGGAGACCUCACUUUUUAGAAGGCCAGGUCACCUGGCCUGGCAUCUUCAGCGCAGUUUGGAACUUCCGGGCCCUCGAACCUUGGAGAUUCUGC